CAAGUCCAGGGCGUAAUCCAGUCUUGGAUCUUUUCUUGGACUUGCCAUGAAUCAUUGGCUCCUGCGCCUUCGUAAGCCGAGUGAUUGGUACAAAGUGACCUACAUGCCUAAAGUGUGGCAAGGAAAAUUGGAAGACGGCUAAAACACAGUCAUGUCUUCUGUUUGGCACACGACUCCAUCUCUUCAUGGGAACUACAAGAGGUUGGGAUGCCUCUUAAUCUUCACUGUAAGUGUAUGUUAUAGUGCCUCUGUAAUGUGCCCCACCACUUGCAUCUGUGCCAGUGACCUUGUGAGCUGCACCAGCAGAAACCUCUCAAGGGUACCAUCAACUCUUUUCAAGCACAUAAAAAGACUGGAUCUGAGUCACAACAGAAUUGGGAUUUUGGAUCAAGACUGGAUACCCAUGCUGCUUGAGAAGCUGACCACUCUCAUUCUCAGUCAUAACAAUAUUUUCAGUAUUUCUGUAGGGAGCUUUUCAGUUAUUCCAAAUGUCAAGUACCUAGACUUGUCCUCCAACAAUUUGAGGUCACUGGAUAAUCCUGUAUUUCAGGAGCUGAGAAUGCUGGAGGUUCUGCUGCUUUAUAACAAUCAUAUUGCACAGAUUGAUUCUGCUGCUUUUGGAGGAAUUCAUACACUGCAAAAGCUGUAUUUAAGUUACAACUCUCUCACACGCUUCCCAAUAGAACUCUACACUGGGAAACAUAAACUCUCAGAACUUGUGCUCUUAGACGUUUCUUACAAUCAGAUCCAGUCAAUACCAAUUAAUGACAUGAGCUUAGUACCGGCUCGACACUUGAGUGGAAUUUAUCUUCAUGGGAACCCAUUUCAUUGUGACUGUACACUUUAUUCCAUGCUGAGCUUCUGGUACCUUCGGCAUUUCAGUUCAGUGGAAGACUUCAAGACUGAAUACACAUGCAAUAAAGACUCCCAAAAACUGCCUUUAUUGCAGAACAAUUACUUAAAUUGCUCAGAAAGCACCAUUAACGGUUCUUUCCAUGCCUUUGGUUUUAUUCACGAAGCACAAGUUGGUGAGAGGAUUAUAGUACCCUGUGAUACCAAAAUCAGUGACACUGGGACUCAUUUCAUUUGGAUCAGCCCAGAUAAUCAAUUUUUGGAGCCAGGAAAGACAACUGAACACUUCAAAGUAUUUCAUAAUGGGAGCUUGGAAAUAGAUGACGCCCAGUAUGAAGAUGCUGGGCUUUAUUCCUGCGUUGCAAUAAAUAAGAAAAGACUAUUGAAUGAAACAAUUGAAGUGAGAAUAAAUGUCAGCAAUUUCACAGCGGACAAAUCUUACUCACAUGAAACAUUUAACACAGCUUUUACUACCCUUGCAGCUUGUGUAGCCAGUAUUAUUUUGGUACUUCUUUACCUCUACUUGACGCCCUGUCCUUGUAAGUGCAAGUCGAAGAGAAGGAAAAGGCAACUGAACCAAAGUAGCACACCUCAUGCAUCCAUACUAACCUCCAAUUCACCCCUCGAACUUCCAGCAGAUGAGAAGAAAGCUAGCAGUGGCAAAAGAGUGGUGUUUCUUGAACCUGUGAAGGAGCCAAAGCCAGGUCAAAAUGGGAAAGUCAGAAUGUUUCCCAAUGAGACUGUAAUUGCUGAAAGCAUUCUGAAAACACCCCGAGCAAAAUCAGACUCCAAUUCCAUGAACUCAGUAUUCUCGGACACACCUUUCAUGCCAUCCUCUUAAGUUUUCCACCUCCUCUAAUGUCAUAACCCUCUCAGCAGCAGACAUAGCUUUAGCCUAUGUUAAAAGAAAAAUCAUGGGAAACUUUUGUAUUUUUUUUUUUUAAUGGAAAUCUUGAAGUGUGAGGUGUUAUCACUGUUAUCUUCUCGUUCCCUUUCAGACUAGUGGGAGGAAUGUGCAUUAAUCUGAUAACAGUUGGGAGGAAUUCUUUGUUUCGUGACAUUUGUAGCCAAGCAGGGUGGGGUUCUCUCCUUCUAAUCUUUGCUCUGAAAUGAAUUAGGAGGUAGUCUUAUGAAGAGUCAUGUUUGGUCUCUUCUCAUUCAGUGGAACAAAGCUUACACAGGCAGAUGUCCCAUCAGAUUAGGCCCCUAGCUGCUUCUCUGUAUAGAACCAGUGGGACUGUAUUAUCAGGGAUCAGACUCUGAAUCAAAUAUGUCUUCUAGAGUUUAUAGAAGAACAAAAUAGCCAUUUAUUCAAUUUUUGCUCAUUGUCUUGAGUACAUAAAGAAGCAAAUGAAUUUAUACAACCCAGAAUAUUCUGAAAUAGAUGUUUAGAUAAAUUGCAAAGCUGGGUUAGGGUUAGCUUUCUUUUUCUUUUUUUUUCUAUACUGAAUUUUAAAAUCUAGAAAUGGAAUGUAUGGUAAACCUAGUAUGAGAUAACCUUCAAAAAAUGAAAACUUUUGCAGAAAUCAUACUGCCGAGAGGUAUGAUCUAUUAAACCACUUAAGCCUUGAAGGCCUGUAUAUCAGAAGGGAUAGCACUUCAGUUCUGUCAAGACACCCAAAGUCCAACAGUAUUUAAGAAGUACUAUUUUCCCAUUUACUGUAAGGUGAGGACAGAGGUGCACUACUGGAAUGUCUGUCCUUACAGGUCUUAAAGGGAUAAGAGCCAUGAUGCUGUAGAAGUAUAUCCGGCCUGUCUGUUUGGAUUUAAACUUAUGUGUGUGUGCUGUGUGGGCUGAGCAGAAGAUAUCUACAAAAAGAAUGCAUAGAAUUAGUUUUGUAAGUAAAAUUAUCAAGAUUUGUGCAAUUAGAUGUUUUGUAUAAGUUCUACUGCACUUUGACUAUUUUUGAUGACCUAUUUAGAGCCAUACUCCAAUCUAUUGACCCCAAGGUAAAUGUUGCAAAUGCAGGUAGGCUUUCACAUCAUCAGUGAUGAAAUGGCAUGGAUGCCUAGACUUUAUCUUCUGUAGAACCUAGAUUCAUUGAAUUUAUUGGUUUAGAGCUUUAUUUGUAAAAUUCAAAGUAGUUAGGCUGUUUGUCAUUGUUUAAUGUGCAAGUAUCAAAACAACUAUUCAUGAAACUUCCAUCUUGUGAAGUUUUGAUAUAAAAUUGUCAAUUAAGUCCUAAUUUUAGGAUGAUCCAUUCUGUCAGAAAGCUAGAACUUUGUACAGAUUGUACUUUCAUAUACAUUUUAGCAUAGUUUUGUGUCAGUAAAUGAUGUACAAAAAAAAGUACGUUAUUUGCAAGUCACUUGUAAGUAGGUAAGAUAUUUGCAAGUUAUUUGCAUAGCAUUGUUUGUACCGUUUGAGUUCCUGUCAAAUAGGUAGACAUUUCUGCAGUGACAUGCAGAAUAGCUUACGAUUCCCUAGUUUCAUAUAUAACUUGCAGAUGAGAAUCUUCUCUUUCUCUGCUGGCUGUCAAUUGCAACCUUGUAAGAGGGUUUCCAUUAAAAUAUUAAUAAUGGAUUGUUAUUGUUAUUGUUCUUUGGCGGUAAACCAUAGGUCUAUUCUCCUUAGUCCCACCUCUCCAGGAUGGGUUCAAAGCAGCAUCUCCAGGAUGGGUUCAAAACAGUCAAGAUGGUGAUCACAGCAGCACAAUAAAAACCCUGUCCCUUUCUACAUGUGUGAAUAUUGACACAUGUACAGAAGCAUUGCAUGUGAGCUUCGGUAACACUGUCACAACCACCAGCUUGACUUUUUUUAAUCACUCCUGAAAACACUGCUAUCUACUACAUUCAUCAUCCACCCAUUCUGUCUCAUGAAAGAAUGUUAAAUGGUUCCCUUAGUCUACACUUGAUAAAGUUGUGGCUAUUUUAGUUUUACUGUCCAAUGAUUGUUGGUAUCCUGAGUCAGCUGUAUUUCCUUUUGUCCAAAGCCUUGAAGCACUUACUUGCUACUAUAUGAGUUUAUAUAAGAUCAGGAAUGUCCAGUCCUUGCAGAAAUGGUUUAGAAUGACUAUACUUAAAAUGCUAUCUCUGUCUAGCCAAUGUAAAUGAGAUUAAUUUCUUUGCUUCAGUUCUUCCUCUCAAGCAAAAGAGAAUCAGAGUGGUUUACCCCACCAAGGACUUGCAUUUGUAAAUAAGAUUAAGAGCUAUAUGUGCAAUAGGCCAGUUUACAAAUCUAUAGUAAAUGUAAGUCUAAAGCUCUCUGUUCCUUUACAUUCCAUUUGAUUUUCAUGUCAGUCUUGAUUCAACAAUAAAGUAU